UCAACGCAUCGAUGAAAGGCCGUGUUUGAAAAGUAUAGUUUUAAUACACAAACAAAAUGCGGACAUUAUUUGUUUUCUGUUUCGUUCUUGGUGUAGUGUCAUCGUUACCAAUAAAAAUUGAAGAAGAAUCGGACUUACCAAUCCCUCAAGAAGUACCAGACUUACCAGUGCCUGAUUUACCCGAAGACAAUAUCAUAGAACAUGUCUCUGAUUAUCCUACAUUACCAGAAUUACCACUACUAGAAGAAGAAAUCGAUGGCGUUGACCCUAAUAUCCCAAUUCAUCCAGGGGUUUCAAUGCCAAUUUUAGACACACCUGAAAACCCGGAAGUUGUUCAAACCGAUUUGUUUGAAAAUGGUAUCGAUGAAAAUGAACUAAACGACCCAAAUUCUCCGGAUAAUAUACCAAUAAUGAUUGAAAAUGGCAUUGAAGAAGGAAAUGACAUACUUAUGAGGAAUCAAAUUCGACCUGGAAUGCACGUGACAAGUUACUUGGUAGAACUUACACCUAACGCAGCCGGUGGUACUUUUAGCGGACUCUUAACAGCAUCAGUGAUAAUAAGUGAUGCUAGUUCCCUAGAAGAUGAUAUUGUGUUCCAUGUUGAAGAUCUGAAUAUUAAUUCUGUAAGGUUUUCCAUAACUGGAAGCUCAGCAAUUGUUGUAGCCAAUUUUGAUGUUAAUGACGAUCUUUUGGAAAUCGAUACUGGAUUCGAAACGUCAUUAUACACGUUUUUCAUUGAAUACACGGGAUCGAUGACUAAUACUGGAACUGGAUUUUGGCAUGGAGAAUUUGAUAGUUCGGACUACUAUGCUAUGAACCUGCACGCCACUAACGCUCGACGUGUAUUCCCUUGCAUGGAUGAACUCACGGAACCAUCGACUAUAUCUUUCACCUUCAAUAACAUUCCGUACAAUAAUAUCUUCAUGAAUUCUGCCCAAGAAGACAACACUAACGGUCAAUUCAAAGCAUUGCUAGGUCCAGCUGUGCUUUGGGGCAUGGUAGCUCACAAUUUUAACAACAUCAACAACCCUGCGGCCGGCGUUCAGCUUUACGCUCGUCCCGGAGUUAUCAACCAAGAGAACCAGGCUUCAGUUGCCAUCAAUUCUUAUUUCAACAACAUGGAACUAUGGACUCAGAAACCUUAUAAUGAAAUAGUUCUGGAUCAAGAUGGAAGGAUGCUUGUGAUUGCUUUGCCUGAUGUUCAUAAAGAUUGGUAUGCUCUGUCAACGGUUUGCAUUUGGGAACCAUACAUCUUGAUGGAGCGAGUGAGCUCAACGAAGCAGAGGAAGGAAGCGUUGGCAGAAAUAUCUAUCGCUAUAGCUAGGCAGUGGUACGGAUACGUCAUCUAUCCUGAGAACUGGCGCUUCCAAUGGGUGAUCCAAGGCCUUGCGUCGUACACUGGCUACGAGCUAAAUAAAGAAUUCCAAAGUAACCAAUUACUAGACGUUACUCUAGUAGACUUCAAUACAGUAUUCGUAAGUGACGUCAUCCAAGAAGCUUUAUACCGAGACGGCUACGUCAUCGCCCGUCCUCUAGAACCUGAGGCCAAUAUCUUUGAUGAAGAUGAAGUAAGAGACCAUAUCUCUGGCCUUGACAUAUUGAAGUACAAGUCACCAGCGUUAAUGAACAUGCUGAAACUUAUUCUUGGCAAUCAGGAACAGGACUUUAUUAGGACAGCGGGCCAGAUACUCUUGAACAGCAGGGCGUUAGAAACUGUCAACUCGCGCUUCUUCAUCGACGCCAUAAACGCCGAGUGGUUGACCAGUGGUAACAGGAUCGUUGAUGACUUGUCAGAGUUUCUGGAGCCGUGGCUGCAGUCAAAUGGGUACCCGAUCCUUCACGUCGGGUUAAGGCAAGGUGGCGUUCUGCUUACCCAGGAAAAGUUUGGCUUCACCGCAACGGAUCAGGUGAACUACCAGAUCCCAGUGACUUGGACGUCGAGCAUCAACCCCAACUACGAGAUCAACGACAUCCGGGUUAUGGACAAUACGAUGACUAUCAACGUGGUGCUUAAUGAUGAUGACUAUGUCUUGUUUAACAUUCAGGGACAAGGAUACUACCGUGUCAACUACGACUUGGCUCUAUGGGAGAGGAUUAUAGAGGCCCUGGAGGAUCCCGACGAACGCGAACAAAUCCACCCGCUCAACCGCGCUACACUAAUAGACGACGCCCUAAACCUGGCAAGAGCUGGUAUGUUGGACUACGAUAUCGCCUUCAAAGUGGUCCUCACCAUGGAACAUGAGAUCAACUACGCGCCGUGGAAGGCUUUCGUGAGGAACAUGGACUUCCUGCAGAAGAGGCUAUUGGCAAUGGUUGAAGUCGACGACGAUUUGGACCAGGAUAUUUAUUUGAGAAUGGUCCGACGCACAGCAGGCAAAGUAGAAAACGAGAUUGGCUUCUACCCAGACAUAUCCGUGACCGAGGAUUCAGAUGUGGCGAUGACGAGAGGGCUGGUCAUGGAACAUGCUUGCAAGGCUCGCUACGCGCCGUGUAUUGCUGCGGCUGUUGACUGGUUCUGGGACCCUAAUGAUCGCGAUGUUGUUAACCCCAACAUACCGCAUGAAAUCAGACCAGCGGUAUAUUGCACCAUGGUGAGAGAAGGAGGCAACGACAUCAUCAACGCGCUGUACGCUCGCCUGGAGAUCGAACCGACGAUGUACGAACGCGUUGUCAUUCUUGAGUCCUUGGCUUGCUCUCAAGACUCGGAUUUUAUCUCGACAUACCUCGCAGAAACCUUAGCCUCCAACGGGCCCUACAGCACCGAGGAAAGAACCAGGAUCUUCAAAGCCGUAGUUAGUGCCAGCACGGACAACGCUGACACCGCUGUCAACUUCAUCUCUCGAAAUACCGCCAAUUUGAGGAGAAUGUAUGGAGGAGAUGAAAAAUUGGAAGAAAUCAUCUGGCAUAUUGCUGAAUGCCUGGCGGGUGAUUCGCUAUCUACGGAUUACAUAAUCUGGGCCAACUCCAUCAACAGCGACCUUGACAACUCUGAGAUGGCGGCCCAACGGGCCAAGCAAAUGAUCGAAGAGAACCUGAGUUGGGAGCGACAACACUUAGACUAUGUGUAUGAAUGGAUUGAUGAGAAUGAUGCGCCGACGCUUGUGGUGUCUAUGGUGCUGAUUUUUGGCUCGUUUCUGCUUACCAUUUUUAACCAUUGAUCAGUAUUGUAUUAUACACUCGUUGUCAGUAAAUAAAGGUCACUUUGUAUUGAAAUCUCUAUGGAACGUGACCCGUGUUCACUGUCCGUGACUGUAUUUAGUAGUAUUUAUUGUAAUUUUAUAGGGUAAUGUAAGUUUGGUAUGCAUUGAAGAGUAGCUUUAUUUGUACGUCUAUAUUUAUUUUGUUGGGAAGGUAAGGUCGGCAGUCGGCACAAACUUUGUACAGUCAGCUGCAAUGUGUUAUACAACGUUCGCAGGGUUACAUAGUUUUGCAGAUGAUUGCAUCUAGUGUAGGAGGUCAGGUGUCACCAUAAACGUCAAAUUUCUGACGUUUAUAAUGACAUUUUCACCAGCAGUGGAGACAUAACGUUGACGGAGUCUAGUAUUUGUAACCAUAAUAAAAUUAUAAAUUUUAAAAUAGUGAAAUAAUUGUAAGUAUUAACGAUCAUAUAAAAUACUAUAGAUAUCAUAGACAGUUUAUUGAAUUUUAUAGAAAAGUGUGAUUGAGUGAAGGAAACUCCUUAUUAUCUUUUUAGAUAAUUUGUGUAGUUUCGAGACUUUCGGGAAUUCUAUUCAAAUCAAAGUAAGGAUUUAAUGGUCAUUUGUAAGCAAUUGAAAAAAUUGGAACUGGAACUGCUCUUGGCCAUUACUACAUCAUAUUUUUGAUUUGUUUGAUCUGUAUGAAUGAUUGUAUGGAAACUUCUUGUUACACAUGUGGUAAUGGGUAAGUUGAAUAUGCAUUUUAUUAGAACAUCCUGUAUAUUAAAUGUAGCAUAGCCUAGAGAUAUUUUAAUGCCAGAAUUGCACAAAGUGAAUAUUAUUUUUAAAGCAUAGAUUAAGCUAUUUUAUUAAUCAGUUCUAAUAAAUUAUUAGCUGUAUGAUUAGUUUUAGGUUUUUUACUGCAUUUUCACUCACAGUUUUUGUAUAUUGUUAUUUAUAGUAAAUAAUGUAUCAAAUAAGUGAAACUAGUUUUAAUUUAGGUAUUUUAUAUUUAACAUACAAUGAAAUUUGAAGCAAAUGCGUCCUCUUGCUUCGAAUUUGGUUAUUACUAUAUGUAUAAUAAAUAUAGAAUAAACAUUUAUCUUAAAUAAUAAAUACGAAUAUUAAAGGUAAGGCACAUUUAUUAAUUUAAAGUUGUUUAUUAUAAAUUACUUAAUAUUAUUUUCAAAGUAUGUUAUGUGUAAUAUGUACAUAUUGCAUUAAUUAAUUUAAAUACAAUAUAAAUAGAGAUACAAUAAUUAAGAACACCUAUUUUUGUUUUACUGGACCUAUACUAAUUAUUUUAAUAAAUAAAACAAACAGUGUCGUCGCAUGAAUUAAAUAAAAGAACAUUAUUUAAUGACUAGAUAAUAUUAUACGGCCAGAUCAUUC